AUGAGUGGUGAUAUUGAAAUGGAGAUUGUUGAAGAAUAUGUAGAUGUGGCAAUGGCAGAUGCACAUAUCAAUGCUGUGUUUGAAGAUGAUCUAAUGGAGGAUCUAAUGGAUGAUCUAACGGAGGAAUCAAUGGAUGUUCUAAUGGAGGAUCUAAAGGAUGAUGCUGAGAUAGAAGAGGAAGACGAUGACGAUAAUAUAACGGAGGAUCUAAAGGAGGAUGUAGAAAUAGAAGAGGAAGAUGACGACGAUGAUAAUAUAAUGGAGGAUCUAAAGGAGGAUGCAGAGAUGGAAGAGGAAGAUGACGAUGAUAAUAUAAUGGAGGAUCUAAAGGAGGAUGCAGAGAUAGAAGAGGAAGAUGAUGAUGAUCCAUUAUAG